AUGGGGUCGAGCAACAGUCUUGCUUCUUGGUAUAAGGAAGAGACAUUCCCUGUGCAACGCUCCUCGCCGCCAUCCCUCGCUGAUCCUCAUCCUCAAUCGCCUCCUCCCUCAUCCACAUCGGCAUCGGAGCUGCCUACCAUUACUACCAACUCUUCCACAGCCUACACUGCUCCUACCUUCGCUACUACCACCUUCACUACUACCACCACCGCCACCAUCGCCACCACUAGCACUAGCACCGACGGAGACCCCCCCUCUAGACGUCCCCCUCCUUUCUCCCACCGACCCUUUCCACUCGUUACCCCAACACACAAACGAUCUUGCUUGAUCACACCUUCUCCCUCGUCCUCCCGUUCCACCGUGUUCACCCUCCCUACUGUCAUUCCUACCACGACGGCAGGACUGGAACAAUACGAUUGGCGCCCUAUCCUCCUCACACCGCCACCGACGGCCAAACGAGGCGACUCGAGCACUUUAUCCUACACACCCGUGCAGCAAGGUAGAGACACCCCGACGCUCUCCAAGCCUAAGACCCCUCCGAAGUGCACCUUUGACUACCCUCCGAACUGCAGCGACGCUUGGCCACUGUCUCCAACCCUCUCCACAAAGAGAGCGAGGAAGCAUUCUCAUCGCAAUCCAAGCCACGCGUCGCUUCGUGUCGCCGUCAAAAGGACCGGCGACAAACUAUCAUCUGGAACGAUGGCUUCCUCGUCCUCCUCACAGGUACCCUUGCACUCAAGCGUCCCUUCAAAGGACAGUCAGAUCGAUAGCCAUCACCUGGAUUCCAUGGAGCCUACUCCAUCAAGCGUAGACACGCACAGGAUGCUUCCUCCCUUCAAGCCACGUGCUUUGACGUUGGACGGGAUCGAUCGACCCAACUUGCCGCCCAUGCUCGGCUAUCAUCCGACUCCCAACCUAAUCCGACACAGACACGGACAUGGACAUGAACAUGGAAGCGGACACAGGCACUCUCGCAGUAUGCUUGGUCCCAUCCGAGCUUCACCUUCUCGUUCCUUUUCUUCAUUCCGAAACGGGCCCGAGUACAGGAGCAACCCCUACUUUGUUUCCACACCGGGACGGAGGUACAUCGACCACACUCGUUCGACACCCUCUCUUUCUCCCAAACCAACACGUGAAGCGAGCUACUUUGACAAUUGGACUGCCGUAAACAGCAGUAGUAGCAGCACACCCUGGACUCCGACCAGCUCGGUCCGCUCCACUUCCAGCGGCGUCUCACCCAAUGGAUCACUCACCAGGAAAAGCGAUUCGAUCGAGCUUCCAGCUCUGCCAGGUGUUCCUGAGGCGGCCCUCCCAAACAAUCUAUCCUUUCAUCAUCACCACCACCAGCAGCAUCCGGCAUGUGUCCACAACAAUGCUCUCGGACUCUACAUGGACUCGGCUCCCUUUCCACCCGAGCUGCUCCGCCUCGACCUUGGUCACAGAGCCCACCAGUCCCAAGGUGGAAGAGGAGGAAGCUGGAUACCACGCAGCGAGGCAGACGGCUACUUUGGUCCGAGUGCACUCACUCGGCAUUCGCCCAUCGGGAGCCGACCUUCCUACGCUCUCACCCAUUCGCCAGCACCCAUGUCUGACUUUUCUCCACAGAUGCCUUGGCCCAUUUCAGGUGAGGAUGCUCUACCCAAGCUGUCCCUCGGCCAUCGCCAUGGUCUAGACUCCAACAUGUCGCUUCCAGCCCUGCUCCGACCUAUUCCGAUCGUCCCGAGCCAGUCGCUCCCAUUCCAGCGAAUGGCUGAGCGGGCGGACGGCGACCGCUUGUACAAGAUGCCAGUUCUUCGAUCCAUGUCUCCAUUUGCCGACAUGAGCAGUGACAGCGAUGAUGAGGAAGAAGAAGAAGAAGAAGAAGAAAAAGACAAAGACGAGCAGGACCAAUCAAAGACAGCAUCCAGUAGCCUCACGACGCUAUCGGACAGUCAUGGUUCUGCUGCUUCAGGAUCGAAAGCAGAACAGAAGCGGGUUGUUCUACCGGAAGAAGGUUGCACUGGCGAGAUCUUCCGCAAGAUCAAGACACAGCUUCCGAUCACGCUCAAGCAAGGCAGCGGCUCUGACGCAAAGGAAGAGCAUCUGUUCUGCAAGCUUGACUCGACUACUCAUCAGUGUUUCAGCGUAGUAGACGGAAAGUGGGCAUGCUAUCGUCGCAACUACCUCAAGAUCGACGUCGUCUUUCAUUUCGAAGAUGCCUCAGGCCAACGCCGCGACAACGUCGCCGGCGAUCUCAUCCUCCAGACGCAUCCAACCUCGCGUCACCCUAUACCCUUUGUCAUCGACCACUUUGCCGUCCACAUUUCAGCACACAUCCUCGACCUCGCCUCAAAGAAGCUUCAGCGCGGUCGACAAGGCACCAUCCCUCUGAUCCAAUUUGGCCCCGCUCGCGAACGCGGUCCUCGCGAGCCUGUCCAGCCAGCCAGCCUCCAUCCCGGCGGCAAUAUCACCAAAGACGCCACCGCCAACGAACACACUUCGACUCGAGCAGGCAACAUUGCAGCAUUCCGCAGAGUUCAGAUUCGAUCGGCGACAAUGAACAAUGGUCAGCGAGGAGCGGCUGGACAGCAGUUUUACACUCUCAAGAUGACUCUGUUGGCCUACCCGAGAGACAGUACGGAUGGCGUUGAGGUGGCAAGCAUUGUAUCGGAGCCAAUCACUGUCAGGGGCAGGUCGAAGGUUCACUAUGCUCCACCGAAUGGUGGUGGAGCUGACGAUGGGCAGGCAGCUGCUACUGAGGGGAAAGGCAAGAAGGCAGCGGGUUCCAGGAGCCGAGCCAGAUCAGUGUCGACGGCGCAAAGCAUUCGCAGCGAGACUUGCUCGGCUCGUUCCAACUCAACAUUGACGAGUCGCAGGCAACACACGAGCUCUGCCAGCAAGAGAAGAUCGGAAUACGAGCAGCAUCGUCGAAGCACGCGACUCUUGCUUGCGGCCAACAACUCAGGCUCGAACAAUAGGGAAGAUGCCGGUGACGAAAGCCAAGUCGAGGUUGCCUCUACCACCCGAAACAACGUCAUGCAUAUCCAAAACGUUCUCUAA